AACGCCCAACGCCAGCGACCCUCGUCCCGUCAACAAACCGUCAACUCCCAGGUCCCACCUCUAAAACCUCAAGAUGACUCACGAGAGCGUUUGGUACAGCCGCCCCCGCAAGUACGGCAAGGGCUCCCGCGAAUGCCGUGUCUGCUCUCACCGCGCCGGUCUGAUCCGCAAGUACGGCAUGAACAUCUGCCGUCAGUGCUUCCGUGAGAAGUCCACCGACAUUGGUUUCAACAAGUACCGCUAA